AUGGAGACGAGCCCCAUACCGGUGGUGACGGUCCAAACCACCCCCUUUGACGACCAGCGGCCCGGUACCAACGGGCUGCGAAGGAAGACGGCCGUGUUCGAGAGCAAAAAGAACUACCUUCACAACUACAUCCAGAGCGUCCUGUCCUCCAUCGACCUCCGGGACCGUCAGGGCUGCACCAUGGUGGUGGGCAGCGACGGUCGCUACCUGAGCCGCGGGGCCAUCGAGGUCAUCGUCCAGAUGGCGGCAGCCAAUGGGAUCGGUCGCCUGGUGAUCGGCCACAAUGGCCUCCUGUCCACCCCUGCUGUGUCCUGCAUCAUCAGGAAGAUCAAAGCUAUCGGUGGGAUCAUCCUCACAGCCAGUCACAACCCUGGAGGCCCCGGAGGGGAUUUUGGUGUUAAGUUUAACGUAGCUAACGGAGGUCCAUCUCCAGACACGGUUAUGGAGAGGAUCCAUCAGGUGAGCCGCACGCUCGAGGAGUACGCCAUCUGCCCUGACCUCCGCAUCGACCUCUCCAGACUGGGACGACACGACUUUGACCUCGAAAAUAAGUUCAAACCUUUUCGAGUGGAGAUUGUGGACUCUGUUGAGGUGUAUCUCCAACUGUUGCGAAACAUCUUUGACUUCAGCGCCAUCAAAAGCCUUCUCACGGGACCAGAGCAGCUAAGAAUAAGCAUCGAUGCUAUGAAUGGAGUGAUGGGCCCUUAUGUCCGUAGGAUCCUAUGCGAUGAGCUUGGGGCCCCUGCUAAUUCCGCCGUCAACUGCGUUCCGAUGGAAGAUUUUGGGGGCCGGCCCCCCGAGCCCAAUCUGACAUAUGCCUCUUCACUGGUGGAUGCCAUGAAAGGAGGCGAUUUUGGCUUGGGCGCUGCUUUUGAUGCAGACGGGGAUCGCUACAUGAUCCUUGGCGAGAACGCCUUCUUUGUGAACCCGUCCGACUCUGUCGCCAUCAUGGCUGCCAAUCUCUCCUCUGUACCCCACUUCAGACAGCAGGUAGUCAAGGGUUUUGCCAGGAGUAUGGCCACCAGUGCUGCGCUGGACAGGGUCGCUAAAGCCAUGAAGCUGGCACUCUACGAGACCCCCACCGGUUGGAGGUACUUUGGGAACCUGAUGGACUCCGGCCGUUGUUCCCUCUGUGGGGAAGAAAGUUUUGGGACAGGUUCAGACCACAUUCGUGAAAAAGAUGGCUUGUGGUCAGUGUUGAUGUGGCUGUCAAUCAUGGCUGCUAGAAAACAGAGUGUGGAGCAGAUUGUCCGAGAGCACUGGGCCAAGUUUGGACGCAACUACUUCUGCAGGUUUGACUAUGAAGGCCUCGAGCCCCGCGCUGCCUUCUACCUGAUGAGGGAUCUGGAGUCGAUCAUCUUGGACAAAGCUUUCACCAGCCAGAAGUUUGCUGUAGGAGAUCACAUGUACAAUGUGGAGCGGGCUGACAACUUUGAGUACAUAGACCCGGUGGAUGGAACAGUGGCGAGAAACCAGGGUCUGAGAAUCGUCUUCAGUGACGCAUCUCGCCUGGUGUUCCGAAUGAGCGGAAGUGGUGGUGGCACGGGCGCCGUUAUCCGCGUUUAUGCAGAGAGCUUCGAGAGAGACCCUGAAAGACAUAGCAGAGAGACCCAGGUGGUGCUGGGUCCUCUCAUUGCCAUCGCGCUCAAGCUUUCCAACAUCCACGAAAGGACAGGACGCCGUGGGCCGAACGUGAUCACAUGA